AUGUUCGCAGUGACUAGACAUGCUUCCAAAUUUACGACGCAGAUAUCCCAGGGCAGGGCGGCAUAUCGAUCAUUCUCUUCUGAUGUGGUAACGCCACGGAGAGGAGCUGGUCUGAUGGAACGUCUCUCUUCUUUCUUCGUUGGCGCAGGUCUCACUGCCUUGGUUACUCAGUUCUACAUUUUUCAAGAGAUCAAGGAGGGUAACGAAGCUAUGAUCGAGAAACAAAAGGACCUGGAGAAGCGAGUCGCAAAAUUAGAAGGUUGA